GAUGCGGAGGAAAAUAAUUUCCAUGAGGAAGUCAAUUUUAAUACAGAAAAGGGCCAAAAAUGUCCCUCAACUAUAUCAAAAAGUCUAAAUAUACCUUUCAUCCAUUUACUUUGCUGAAAAUAUCCUCCCGUUCACCUUUUUGGCUCAUUUUUGCCCUUAAAACAAACAUUUUUUUUUUCUUUUUGCUGAAGGUGGUUGAAGAGUACUUUUUGCUGAUUUUCAAAACCAACUAACUAACUCUAAAGAUUAUGUCAAUAUAAUACACAGCACCAGCUGAUAGCUGAAGCAAUAUUAUAGUAGUAGAAAGAAACAAAACAGGGAAAACUUCAAGGCAAAGGAUAACAAGGAAUACUACAUUUCAAGAAGCAUUACAUAUUUUAGCAAGUUCACAUGCUCAUAUAACUUUCAUCAGACGAAUCUUUAUCAGAUAUAUACUAGUAACAUUUUUAGCAAGUUCACAUGCUUCUUUAUCAGAUUUUUUAUCUACCAAAUCUGAGCAUAAUAUUUUAUCAAACAAAUAUAUAUGUCCUCAAAUAAAUGUGAAUUUCAAUCAAAUGCACUUGUUUAGCCUUCUUCUGUUCUAGCUCUUUGAACAACAAUGGCACCACAUGUUGUGUUCCUUCCAUACAGCAUGAUGAGCCAUUUAACCGCAUUGGUACAAAUUGCUCGACUCUUCGCUUUCCACGGCCUCAGGGUCACCAUCAUCACCACUCCGCAUAACGCCCUCGUUUUUCAGUCCUUGGUCGAUAAAGACCGUCUCGUGUCAGGACGCAGCAUCUGCAUCCGGACACUCAAGUUUCCCUCAAAUGUGCUAGGCUUACCUGAGGGAAUUGAAAAUCUUGUGUCCACCCCUAAUGUGGAAAUAGCUGGCAAAGUCCACUAUGGCGUUGUUAAUCUACUCCAGAAACCUCUGGAGCAGAUGAUUCGCCAGCUCAAUCCUAACUGCAUUGUCUCCGACAUGCUCUUCCAUUGGACUGUCGAUCUGGCUGAAGAGUUGCACAUUCCGAGGUUCUCGUUUCAACCAGUCAGUUUCUUCUGUCAGUGUGUCAGACAUUGUCUUAGGGAGUACACACCUCAUAACAAAGUGGAUUCGGAUUCUGAGAGGUUCACGAUCCCUGGCCUACUUCAUGAGAUCAAAAUGAAACGCUCCGAGAUUGAAGAUUUUCUUAAAGAGGAGACUUAUUAUGGGAAGAUGGUAAAGUCAGUCGUAGAUGCUGAUCUUCGUAGCCAUGGCAUUAUUCAUAACACUUGCUCCUUGCUGGAACCUGGCUACGCCGAGUUGUAUGAAAAGAUUAGAGGGCGAAAGGGUUGGCAUGUAGGUCCCCUCUCUCUAUUUAUCAACAAAUUAGAUGAUGUCAAAAGGUCUAAAGAAAUUCACAACUCCAAUUUUUCUGUUCCUAAUUGGAAAGAGUCUGAUGAUUGUUUGAGUUGGCUUGAAGACCAGGAUCCUAACUCUGUACUCUUUGUUUGUUUUGGUAGCAGUACAAGAUUUUCAAAUGAUCAACUUAGGGAAAUAACAUUAGCUUUGAAAGAAGCCAAUUGCCCAUUUGUUUUGGUAGUUAAAGAGCAGCAAGACCAUCAUGAUGGUAACAGCAAUAAGGAAAUGUUGAACAAGAAUGGCAAGUGCUUUAUUAUCAAAGGGUGGGCCCCACAGGUAAUAAUUCUGAAACAUCGAGCAAUCGGGGGGUUCAUGACUCAUUGUGGUUGGAAUUCCAUACUUGAAGCUCUAACUCUAGGUGUACCAUUGAUUACAUGGCCCUUGUUCUCAGAGCAAUUUCACAACGCUAACCUUUUGGAGCAGCUCGGGCUUGCAAUUAGGGUUGGAGCAGACAUGUGGAACUCGGGGUUUAUUGUGUCAUGUCCUGUGAUAUCAAGAGAGAAAAUAGAGUCGGCUGUUAAACGUUUGAUGUGUGAUUCAGAGGACAGUAGGAAAAUACGAGCAAAUGUCAAGUUGAUGGUGGAGAGGCUGAACAGUGCCAGUGAAGAAGGAGGUUCCUCUCAUUCAGAUCUCAUUGCGUUGAUUGAGGAAAUCAAGCGUUGUGCUUUCAACAACUCCACUUGAAAUUUAUGUUUAAUUCUUUUCCAAUUUCAAGGACUAAGUGAAUGCUGUGAUCAUUCAGAUUAGUCCCUAUUAAUCAACAUCUCUUGUCUACAUUUGUUGGACUAUUAUGUACUAUUUCUUAAAUUAUUUCUAACACGUUGUCAGCACACAAAUAGGCCACGACACAUUAUCAUAUGCUGUAUUCCUGUCCAACUUUAAAUACAUUGUUGUCCCUAUUUGGUCAUUUGAAGCUUUAUGCCAUUUCUUGAGUUAACAUCAGUUUGAUCUGUGUUUCAUAAAUCCGGCUUGAUUCGUGGUGGUAUAAUCUUAGCCAUAGAAGUGCCAGUCAAGACAAUAUUUUGUUUACAAAAAUUACACAAACUAUCUGUCUCAUUUCUGUAAAGUUAUGUUGAUUUUGAAUCUUUGUGCAUUAGCACUAGUUCAGCAUGUGCAUAUGCCUUGAUAUUCAGACCAUUAAAUACCUGCAUUUUGCCUUAGUUAUGAAAAGUUAAUCUCAAUCAAGCUAGUACAUCAUUAAGGGGUCGUUUGGUUUGAAGACAAGCUAUGUUGGGAUUAGUUACCCAGAAUUUCCUGUUUCUUCAAUCAGUUGCAACCGGACACGGUCCCUCUCUCGUGGAUAUGUGCAAUAAAGGAAGGAAUAUAUGAAGCAACAGAUGGCACUGGAAUACCUAUUGCAGUGUGCAGUGCCUUAGCAAGUGAUGCAGCAUUUUCUCUAUCUGUUUCAACUUCCUGUGAUCCUGUUGAUCCUUCGGGAUUGGUUUAACCGAAAAUUUGUUGCGCUAAAAUUCCAACCACCAAUGGAGCAAAGGAUAAUAUUAUGGUCUCACAAGAUGGAUCCAGAGCAUAAAUGCUCAUUCGAGAUCUAUCUGGAACUAUGUCAGCAAAUAUUGGACUACAAACAUUUCAAAAGUGAAAUAUUUAGUGAAUUU